AUGUCGCUGGGAGUCAAUCCACGUGGGCUGCAAGCAGGAGAGAUCUGGCAGGUGGAUGUCACCCACGUUCCAGAAUUCGGACGACUCAAGUAUGUCCAUGUGACCAUAGACACAUUCUCAGGCAUGCUCUGGGCGACAGCUCAGACAGGGGAGAAGGGUUUACAUAAAAUCAACUGCAUGCUGGAAGUCCAGAUUAACUACAAGGAUCCAUCUACAGCCCCACCCUCCCUGCCAGUGCAUCUCUGGUGCUUCUUGGGCAGGUACCCGGCUCUGAUGGAUUGCAUGAACAAACUGAACCAGAACAAGGAAUACCUGGCUUUCAGUAAGGAGAGGAGCUGGAUGCUGCUGUCCCGCAGGAAUCAGCUCCUGCUGGAGUUCAGCUUCUGGAAUGAGCCCCUGCCUCACCAAGGACCAAACAUCUACAAGCUGAGGACCUACAAGCUGAAGGCAGGGACCAUGAUUGAAUGGGGUAGCAACUGGGCUUGAGCCAUCAAGUAAAGGCAGGAGAAACAGGAGGCUGUGGGGGGGUUCUUCCCCCAGACUGGGGAGCUCUACGUUGUCCACCACCUCUGGGCCUACAGGGACCUGCAGUCCCGGGAGGAAACCGGGAACGCAGCCUGGAGGAGAAGGGGCUGGGAUGAGAAUGUCUACUACACAGUUCCACUGACCCAGACCAUGGAAUCCUGGAUAAUUACUCCCCUCAAGAUCUCCCCCCUGCAGUGA